AUGGAGCUCUCGCAUCAGUCUAGGCUUCCUUUAGUUGGCCCAGCUUUAGGAGGUCCCGCCUCUUUUAUUCAUCUACCGGAUGAAGAAGAAGGUGGGGAUGAAUCGCUUGUAGGGGAUGCAGAAUUUGUCCCUGCAACAGACCAUGCUGCUCCAGUUGAAGAGCGUAGGCCUCCUACAGGUGAACCUAUGGUGACCGAGUCUGGAAGACUCAGCGGAAGUCCAUCUCCCUCUGUUUCAGCAUUAAUGCCAUCGAUGGGGGACACAAGACUCAGUCCUACCAUGAGAAUCUUAUCCAACCCAACUACCACUAUGGACUCACCUGAGCAUUCAACAUCAGGUGAUGAGGAGAACGUGGAUUAUGAGAGUUCUCCGGAUGGUGAUGAGGUUGGAGAUGAUGCAGGAGAUGAUAGCAUCGACGGUGACACUGACGAUGACAUCAGUGAAGAGGACUCUCUAGUUGAAUGCGCUGAUUUUAAUGAUACGCUAAGGGCUACUUCAGACAAAGCAUCCACAUAUAUCUCUAUCUCUUCCCCAGGGCCGCCAGCUCCCAUGACUAAGGAGGCCACAAUCGUAACUUCGCCACCAAAACAGUUGACACCUACACCAACAACUACUCCUCCGGCGUAG